UUUGGUGGACCUAAGCUUUGCAUCUUUUUCUUUUCCCCUGAAUCACUCCCUCUUUCCAAUCCCCUCCUUUAUAAGCAGAUCAACUUAGGCUUCAUUUUGAAGCUCUUUCUCAUGGUCUCUCUUGCUCUCAGUUCCAAAUACUUGUGCAUAUAACCAUUAAUUUUCUUCUAUCUUGAGUAUUCCCUUUGGUUUCAUAACCAUGAAAAGGAUGGACCUUUUCUGUGCAUCACCAGCCUCCACAGCCAUAUGUUCAAGCUUGGAUCAACGGUCCGUGAUCCGCCAUGGCACAAGGCCAAUCAGCCGCCACAGCCACCAUGUCAGUGGCGGUGAUCGGAGAAGAGGCCUAAUUCCUCCUGUCCCUUGUACUUCGCAACUACCCAUUGAUCCAAAACCUUAUUAUCAGAGAACCCGAAAGAGUUCUGCUAAGCAGAGUGACAUAAAUGAACUGACUAGUCCUCCUGGCUCCUCUAGGUAUCUCCUGAGUGACACACCAUUCUUCAACGUGGUAUCGGAUUCAGAUCAUGUCAAAGCAUUGGUACUUCCUAGACAGAGCUUGACACCACGCCACCUGAGCGCUAAUGAUUCUCCAUCUAUAAAAUCUUCUUCAACGCGCCGCCUGAGCAGCGCUAAUGAUUCUCCGUCUUUAAAAUCUUCUUCAACGCGCCACCAGAGCAACGCUAAUGAUUCUCCGUCUUUAAAAUCUUCUUCAACACGCCACCUGAGCAGCGCUAAUGAUUCUCCGUCUAUAAAAUCUUCUUCAACGCGCCACCUGAGCAGCGCUAAUGAUUCUCCGUCUUUAAAAUCUUCUUCAACACACUCACACUCUCGUGAUAAGGUUGUGGAAUUGAGGGUGUCAAUACAUUGCAAAGGGUGUGAAGGCAAAGUCAGAAAACACAUCUCAAGAAUGGAAGGAGUGACGUCGUUUAGCAUAGAUUUAGCCUCAAAGAAAGUGACAAUCAUCGGAGAUGUGACACCAUUGGGUGUACUCACAAGCAUUUCCAGGGUGAAGAACGCACAGUUCUGGCCAUCUCCAACAUCUUCAUCUUCACCAUCAUCACCAACAGUUAAGCUCAGUCACUAAUCAAGAACAUUUCAACAGCCUUAGUAAUUACCAGAGUAAUUAAUGAAUUAAUUACUAGCUUCAAGUCUAUAUCAUGGUUUGUGCUUGAGUUAAGACUCUGAUUAGAUGCUUAAUUAUAAUUGGCUAAUUGUGUCUGUAUUAGGUUGUCCAAAAUUAUGUAAAGUAGUAGUAAAAGAUGUUGUUUGGUUCUUUUGUGCUCUCUCUCUCUCUCUCUCUCUCUCUCGGGGCUCAUCAGUUCUUGGAACAAACAAUGGUGUCUUUUUUUGGUGUCUGCUCUUUUCCUUUGUUUAAAUUUGAAAAAACCUGCCUAGGCUGGCAAGUUUGUCUCUCAAGGUGUCCUCUUGUUUGCUAAUUCCCAUAAAAUACAUACAUAUAUAUAUAUAUUCUUGUACAAAUCCAUAUGUA